AUGGCACAACUUAAUGAUUACAGACAGAUAAGAGCGGUGUAUGAUGAGAAUAACGUUAUAGUGUAUCAAGCUUAUAGUAAGGAGAUUGCAGCUGCAGCGACAAAGUCGCAGUUCUUAUCACAGUCACCAUCGUUCAGUAGAGACCGCAUGACUUGGAUCAAACCAUCAUUUCUCUGGAUGAUGUAUCGUUGUGGAUGGGCCACCAAGCAACAUCAGGAACAUGUAUUGGCCAUCACCAUCACACGUGAUGGCUUUGAAUGGGCACUGGCCAACUCGUCACUGUCACACUUCAACGCGGCACUGGCAAUCGACGAGAAGAGCAAGGCAGCAUGGCAGAAGGAAAUGAUGGAUGCCCCCGUCAGAGUGCAAUGGGACCCCGAGAAGAACAUACAUCUGAAGGACAUUCCCCAGCGUUCGAUCCAAAUAGGUAUCUCACGACAUGCCGUUGCCAAGUACAUAGAUGAUUGGAUCGUAAAGAUCGAGGACAUCACCGCGCAAUGCGACUUUAUCAAACAACUUAUUGACAAUGGAAAGAUUGAGGAGGCGCGCAGGGCCAUGCCCCAGGAGCGUCUCUAUCCAUUGCCACCUGCACUGAUACAACACUUGGGAGCGACAUAUCCUCCUCCUCCUGUGUAA